AUGCUUCUCCCCAAAGGUGGUGUAACAUGGAAGUCGGCCAAGGCCAGGUUGCCUCCAUGGAGAGCGAUUCUGGUGCUGGUAACAAGAACUCGCUUUCUGGUGUCAGUCGCUAUUGCGGGCUUGCUGAUUCUGUUAUGGAGCGGAAUCAGUAAGUCUGCAUCUGAGAUGCAGAGUUUCUACUGCUACGGCUCUUCCAAGUCGCCCAUGGAUAUGUCCAUCAACGAAAUGGUCGAGUGGAAUGCCCAUGCUCAGACACCUGUCAUCUUCAACCACCACGAGCCAUACGAGGUGAACUCCACCUCGAUCUCGACUAUGGACCUCAACCCCAUUAGAUCUACUUCUAAGGCUGCCGCGAAUGGCGAGCGCGUGCUCAUCCUUACCCCGCUGAGAGACGCCGCUCCUUACAUUCAGAAGUACUUCGACCUUCUCUACAAGCUGACCUACCCGCACGAAUUGAUCGACCUGGCCUUCCUCGUCGGUGACUGCAAAGACGACACCCUCGCUGUUCUUUCAUCCGAGUUGAACCGUAUCCAGAGUCAAACCGAGGAGAAGAUUGCUUUCCGGAGUGCAACCGUUGUGCAAAAGGACUUUGGUGCAGAUGUUGAAAUGAGCGUCGAGGAACGUCACUCGUUCGCUGCUCAGGGACCACGUCGCAAGUCUAUUGGACGGGCGCGCAAUUAUCUUCUCUACUCGGCUCUGAAGGCUGAUCACUCUUGGGUUUACUGGAGAGAUGUCGAUAUCGUGGACAGCCCCGACAAGAUCAUUGAGGACUUUACCGCUCAUGACAAAGACAUUCUCGUUCCUAACAUUUGGUUCCACCGCUACCGAGAUGGUCAUGACAUUGAGGGUCGUUUUGACUACAACUCGUGGAUCGAGUCCGACAAGGGUCGCAGGCUACGGGCGACUCUGGACCCCAACACGGUUCUGGCAGAAGGCUACAAGGAAUACGCCACCGGCCGGACCUACCUCGCCACCAUGGGUGACUGGAGGAAUAACAAGGAUGAAGAGAUUGAGCUCGAUGGCAUUGGUGGUGUGAACAUUAUCGUGAAGGCUGAUGUCCACCGUACUGGUAUCAACUUCCCCGCUUAUGCUUUCGAAAACCAAGCCGAAACAGAAGGGUUCGCCCGCAUGGCCAAGCGCGCUGGAUACCAGGUUUUUGGUCUUCCCAAUUACGUGGUUUGGCAUAUCGACACCGAUGAAAAGCCUGGUAACGCUUAA